CGAACUAUUUCCACCUGUUUUCAAGCCUUCCCGGUCAUUCCCACCUUUCUCCUCUCUUCGCCUUAAACCUUUCCCUGCCACUCCGUUGUAUCCAUCAAACCUCUCCACUCGCACCCACACCCUCCACCCCUCCUCCCUCUUCCCUCUCAGCAACCUUGGCCAUGGAUUCUGGGCUUCCUUGGGCUGCCAGCCCCACCCCCCAGGGCACCCUCUCUGCGCCCAACGCCACAACACCCUGGCUGGGCAGGGAUGAGGAGCUGGCCAAGGUGGAGAUCGGAGUCCUGGCCACUGUCCUGGUGCUGGCCACGGGGGGCAACCUGGCCGUGCUGCUGACCUUGGGCCAGCCGGGCCGCAAGCGCUCCCGCAUGCACCUGUUUCUGCUGCACCUUGCCCUGACCGACCUGGCGGUGGCGCUCUUCCAAGUGCUGCCCCAGCUGCUGUGGGACAUCACCUACCGCUUCCAGGGCCCCGACCUCCUCUGCCGGGCCGUCAAGUACCUGCAGGUGCUCAGCAUGUUCGCCUCCACCUACAUGCUGCUGGCCAUGACGCUGGACCGCUACCUGGCUGUCUGUCACCCCCUGCGCAGCCUCCAGCAGCCCGGCCAGUCCACCUACCGCCUCAUCGCUGCUCCCUGGCUGCUGGCCGCCGUCCUCAGCCUCCCUCAAGUCUUCAUUUUUUCUUUGCGGGAGGUGAUCCAGGGCUCGGGGGUGCUGGACUGCUGGGCAGACUUCCGCUUCCCCUGGGGGCUGCGUGCCUACCUCACCUGGACCACCCUGGCCAUCUUUGUCCUGCCUGUGGCCAUGCUCACGGCCUGCUACAGCCUCAUCUGCCACGAAAUCUGUAAAAACCUGAAAGUCAAGACAAAGGCCUGGCGGGCAGAAGGAGGGGGCUGGAGGACUUGCGAUAGGCCCUCACCUUCUGCUCCAGCGGUGGCCACUCAGGGGCUGCCAUCCCGGGUUAGCAGCACCAGCACCAUCUCACGGGCCAAGAUCCGAACCGUGAAGAUGACCUUUGUCAUCGUGCUGGCCUACAUCGCUUGCUGGGCACCCUUCUUCAGUGUCCAGAUGUGGUCUGUGUGGGACGAGAACGCCCCUGACGAAGAUUCCACCAAUGUGGCUUUCACCAUCUCCAUGCUUUUGGGCAACCUCAGCAGCUGCUGCAACCCCUGGAUCUACAUGGGCUUCAACAGCCACCUGUUGCCGCGCCCCCUGCGCCAUCUUGCCUGCUGCAGGGGUCCCCAGCCACGGAUGCGCCGGCAGCUCUCCAACGGCAGCCUGUCGAGCCGCCGCACCACGCUGCUGACCCGCCCCGGCUGCCCGCCCACCCUCAACCUCAGCCUCAGUGGGACGCCCAGGCCCACGGAGUCACUGAGGGACUUGGAACAGGUGGAUGGAGAAGCCACCACCGAGACCAGCAUCUUUUAGGGAAGACUCCAUGGAGUCUGGUAGUGCCCCCAGGACUAGUGGUAGGUCUCUGCCCACCCCAGGCACUGGGCGUAGAGCUGGGAGGGUCAGGAUUGCAGUGAAGGGGGUCCAGUCCGAGGCAGAGUGAAGAGGCCAGAAUGGCUGCCCUUGCCCAGUGUCACUGCCCCUAGUGUAAGGGCUGCCCUCAUGGGCUCCCAGUCUCCAUGCUGGGAGUCAGGGACAAUCAAACUGCCCACCUCCCUGGUCCCUCUACACUCACAGGGUGUCUAUGAGCACCUUGGGUGGAGGAUGUGGUGCCCCAGGUCUGGGCAGGGCUAGGACGGAGCUGCCUGAGGUUCCACAGGUGGCAGGAACUCAGAGGCUGGUCUCGUGCAUUGGCUACCUGUCCACUUUCUAACCUGACUAGCUUGACCAGGAAAGGGGAGAAAUGAAAAACUGUGAGGAGGACCCCAUUUGGGUCCUGGAUUUUUU